AUGGCCUCUGGCUCAGCCAGCAGCCCCCGCCCAGCCCCUGAUGAGAACGAGUUUCCCUUUGGGUGGCCCCCCACCGCCUGCCCGGACCCACCAGAGCCCAGGGCCCUCUGCUGUGCUGCCUGUCUCUCUGAGAACGUGAGGAAUGGUGAGGACCGGAUGUGUCCAAAAUGCAGAGGGGACGACCCCCAGUCUGUAAGCCCAGGAAGCCUUCUGUCUCAGGAGAAGGAUCGCCCCGAGGUGGCUGAGGCUGAAGUUGGGUGCCCCUUUGCUGGUGUUGGCUGCUCCUACAAGGGGAGCCCAAAGCUCAUGCAGGAGCAUGAGGUCACCUCCCAGACCACCCACCUAAACCUGCUGUUGGCGUUUGUGAAACAGUGGAAGGCCCAGCUGGGCUCUGGCCUGGGCUCUGGGCCCCUGGCCCUGGAGCAGAAUCUGUCAGACCUGCAGCUACAGGCGGCCGUGGAGGUGGCUGGGGACCUGGAAGUUGACUGCUACCGGGCACCCUGCUCUGAGAGCCAGAAUGAGCUGGCCCUGCAGCACUUAAUGAAAGAGAAGCUCCUGGCUGAGCUAGAGGAGAAGCUGCGUGUGUUUGAGAACAUCGUCGCUGUCCUCAACAAGGAGGUGGAGGCUUCCCACCUGGCUUUAGCAGCCUCCAUCCACCAGAGCCAGCUCGACCGUGAGCACAUCCUGAGCUUGGAGCAAAGGGUGGUGGAGUUGCAGCAGACCCUGGCCCAGAAAGACCAGGCCCUGGGCAAGCUGGAGCAGAGCCUCCGCCUCAUGGAGGAGGCCUCCUUCGAUGGCACCUUCCUGUGGAAGAUCACCAAUGUCACCAGGCGCUGCCACGAGUCGGCCUGUGGCCGGACCGUCAGCCUCUUCUCUCCAGCUUUCUACACUGCCAAGUACGGCUACAAGCUGUGUCUGCGACUCUACCUGAACGGGGACGGGACGGGGAAGAGGACCCACCUGUCUCUCUUCAUUGUGGUCAUGAGAGGGGAGUAUGAUGCUCUGUUGCCCUGGCCUUUUCGGAACAAGGUCACCUUCAUGCUUCUCGACCAGAACAACCGCGAGCACGCCAUCGACGCCUUCCGGCCCGACCUGAGCUCAGCAUCCUUCCAGCGGCCGCAGAGUGAGACCAACGUGGCCAGUGGCUGCCCUCUCUUCUUCCCCCUCAACAGGCUGCAGUCACCCAGGCAUGCCUACGUGAAGGAUGACACCAUGUUCCUCAAGUGCAUCGUGGAGACAAGCGCUUAG